GUUGCCUGCUGCUAUAUGUCUUUCUGCACCGCCAACCACCUCAUGUCCCUCCCUCCGGUUGGGACUACGAUUGAACGGCUGGCUCUCGUUUGGUGAUCACGUCCUUGUCUUUCCUUCAUCCUCCAGUCUCUACAUCCUCCUGUCUUCAACUUGGUCCGCGCUUCUUCCUUUUUUUCAUCCAAUGGAGGCGACUGCACAGCCGACCGCAUUCGCCGUCCAGAAUGACACCCGGCCCGUCUUGAUCGUUAUCGUCUCGAUCAUGCUGAUUCUGGUGUCUCUGAUUGGGAUCAGUCUGCGCAUUUACUCCCGACUGGCAAUCUUGGGAAAGCUGUUCGCCGACGAUGUCUUGAUGCUCAUGGGCACCAUCACCGCCAUUGGCUUAUCAGCGUCCUACAUUGUCGGGGCACAUCAUGGCUUCGGAAAACACGUCGCGCAAAUCACUCCCCAUGAGGUCCAGCUGCUCCGGAAGAUUACCUUUGCUUGCAUCUUCUUAUACAUCAUGGCCCAGCUGCUGGUCAAGACUGCCGUUUUAGUGCUCUACUACCGGCUGGACCAGAGAACUUCGAUGCGAACCACAGUCUACAUUCUCAUCUUCAUCGUGGCCACCCAGAAUAUUACUUUCUUCACCAUGCAGUCUCUCUCGUGCAUUUCCAUUGGCGCCGCGACUCUCAAUCACUGCUUGACCCUGGGGCAACUACAGCUGCUCUUCAACGUCACUGGUGUAAUCAUCAUCGCAAUCGAUAUCGCCAUCUUCGUUAUACCCCUUUGGAUGCUGCAUAAUCUGGAGCUGCCUGCCAAACAAAAGCUCGCAGGUGGUACAGUAUUUGCACUCGCUUUUCUCCCCAUUGCUGCUGGCAUCCUUCGUUGCUCCUUCAUCUGGCAUGCAAUCGACACCAGCGAUAUGCACUACAACCUCGUACUGGGCGGCAUCUUCGCACAAGUCGAAAUCCACCUCGCCAUUUUGUGCGGCUCUGCAUCGUCCUUUAAAGUCCUGCUCAAAGGCGUCUGGCCCAGAUGUGGCCGCGGCGACGCAUCUACGGGAUUCUCAUUCACGGGACCACAGUCUCGACCGAUCGAACUCCCAACCCCGUGGCCAGCAGACCAACACAAGCUGCCCGCAAUCUCCCUCUCCAAAACUUCGACGAGUACAGAUGAGAGUUGGAGCACGUGGACACCGCAUUUCCCGGGGCUGGACGAAGAGAAGGGGACGAGUGAGUGGAAUAAUCGAACUUGGCCGUCAGAGAGAGAAGUCGCGGAUACACAUAUCCCCACAUUUGCAGACUUUGAGUUUCCGCAAUCCGCAUAUAGAAAAUAGACGCGGUUAAAAGCCACCUGCGCAGACUGGGUAGAAGGGAAAAAGUACCUGUACCUACUCUCGACAUGAGAUGAUGACAAGUGUGGAGGACGACUCAAGAUUACAGUUUACCGGUCAUACCAUCACAUCCCAUCACGAUUCUU